GCAGCGCCAUAGUCACCGUAGUCCUGGCGACUGUAACCCACCAACAACAACCUCUCUCUCCAUCAUUACCACCUCCUCCACCAUCCUCAUCUUCAUCAACUAGUCCACAGCUCAGGCGCCAUGCAGACCCCUGAAGCAGGCGCUGACUCCACCUCCACUGUCCCUCUUCAGACCACUGUGCCUGUCCAGCCUACUGGCUCCACCCAGCAGGUCCCCGUCCAGCAGCAGGCCCAGACUGUUCAACAGGUUCAGCAUGUUUACCCAGCACAGGUGCAGUAUGUCGAGGAAAACAGUGGCGUCUUCACCAAUGGCACCAUAAGAACCUACUCCUACUCAGAGCCACAGCUAUACAGCCAGAACAGUGGAGGGAACUACUUUGACACACAGGGCAGCUCAGCACAGGUGUCCACUGUGGUGACGUCACAUGGCAUGACCAACAAUGGAGGAGGGGGCACUGGAGGAAUGAGCAUGGGUCUGGCGGGGGGUCAGGUAAUCAGCAGCAGUUCUGGGGCUUACCUCAUGGACAGUGCUGGACCCCACCCUGCAACCCAGACCGCACGAGCUUCACCAGCUACUAUUGAAAUGGCGAUUGAGACUCUCCAAAAAUCUGAGGGUUUAUCCAGUCAGAGAAGCUCGCUGCUCAACAGCCAUCUCCAGUGGCUGUUGGACAACUACGAGACAGCAGAGGGAGUAAGUCUGCCACGAUCCACUCUCUACAAUCAUUAUCUGCGCCAUUGCCAGGAGCAGAAAUUGGACCCUGUAAAUGCAGCUUCUUUUGGCAAACUCAUCCGCUCCAUCUUCAUGGGUCUCCGUACAAGACGCCUCGGGACAAGAGGGAACUCCAAAUAUCAUUACUAUGGUAUACGUGUGAAACCAGAUUCCCCACUCAACAGACUUCAAGAAGACAUGCAGUACAUGGCACUCAGACAGCAGCCUGUUCAGCAGAAACAGAGGUUCAAGCCAGUGCAGAAGUUUGAUGGUGGCUCUGGGGAGAAUUACUCAGGUGGAGGGCAGCACCAUCCUGGUGCUGCAGAGCAGACAGUUAUAGCACAGAGCCAGCACCACCAGCAGUUCCUAGAUGCGUCGCGGGCACUCCCCGACUUUGUAGAGCUGGACCUUGGACAGAGCAAUACAGAGAACAUCAGCCUAGAUGAUGUGAAAGCUCUCCAGUCCCUUUACAGAGAGCACUGUGAGGCUAUCCUGGAUGUGGUUGUCAACCUCCAGUUCAGUCUGAUUGAGAAGCUGUGGCAGACAUUCUGGCGUUAUUCUCCCCCUGACACUGUAGAGGGUGCUACUGUCACAGAAAACAGCAGCAUAAGUGAGAUUGAAGCGCGGCUCCCCAAAUCACAGCUAUUGGUGCUGUGCAGAAACGAAACUGUACUCAAGUGGAUGAGCACCUGUGACCAUUUAAUGUACCAGGCCCUUGUGGAGAUCCUUAUUCCUGAUGUCCUGAGACCCAUUCCCAGUGCCUUGACUCAAGCCAUUCGCAAUUUUGCCAAAAGCCUGGAAGGUUGGCUCACUAAUGCCAUGAAUGCCAUUCCACAGAGAAUGAUCCAGACCAAGAUUGCCGCUGUUAGUGCCUUUGCGCAAACAUUGCGCAGAUAUACAUCUCUGAACCACCUGGCUCAGGCGGCACGUGCUGUGUUGCAAAACACAUCACAGAUCAACCAGAUGCUCAGCGAUCUCAAUCGUGUUGACUUUGCCAAUGUACAGGAGCAGGCAUCGUGGGUGUGCCAGUGUGAGGAAGGAAUGGUUCAGCACUUGGAGCAGGACUUCAAGGCCACAUUACAGCAGCAAAGCUCUCUGGAGCAAUGGGCAGCGUGGCUAGACAAUGUGGUCACUCAGGUCCUCAAGCCCUAUGAGCACCGGCCCAGCUUCCCCAGGGCAGCUCGACAGUUCCUGCUAAAAUGGUCCUUCUACAGCUCGAUGGUGAUCAGGGACCUGACCCUACGCAGUGCUGCCAGCUUUGGUUCCUUCCACCUGAUUCGACUGCUGUAUGACGAAUACAUGUUUUACCUGGUGGAACAUCGUGUGGCUCAAGCUACUGGAGAGACACCUAUUGGUGUCAUGGGGGAGUUUGACAGUCUCAACACCUUAUCCCUUACUAACAUUGACAAAGAUGAAACAAGUGGGAUGGACAGUGACUUAGAAGAGGACACGGAGGAGUCCGGGGAGCCUCUUGCCAAGCGGGAGAAGUCAGAGCACGAGGUAAUCCAGGUGAUCCAGGUCGGGGCACUAGAAGAUGGGUCCCACCCUGUGGUGGGUGUUGUCCAGCCUGGUGUACUUCACUCUUUGCCGCAGCCCCCACAGGACCACACUGAGCACAUCCUUACCCCCUCUGUUGGUACUCCAACCAUCCGCCACUGCAGCACCACGGGCAACACCUAUGCCUCUGUUUGAGGGUCUGGGGGCACAGCCGACCUUGUCUGGCCUCUUUUUGCCCUGUUACUCUUCACAUAUCUUUCUCUUUGUAAGUCUUGGUGUUUGUGUCCUUUUUCACACAUUGUCUCUGUUUGCACCGGUGUGGAUGUGCUCUCCUCUUCCAGCCGGGUCAGUGGAGGAGCAAUGAAGUGCUGAUACACUGGCCACGCUGUUCUGUCCUUGUCUUACUGCUUAGAUUCUGGAUGUGCUGUCAUCCGUUAAGUCUGUGCUCGGCAGCUGAUGGAAGGGACCUGAAGGAAAAGGACUAAUUCGACCCGUUAAAUGUUUCCCGUUUCUGCCUCUGUCUGUGUAUGCAGAUGGGUUUUAUCCCGAAGACAAAUUACUACUGAUAACUACUGAUGUCUCAGAGCUCAAAUCCAUGUCACUAGUCCCAGUGGAGCAAAGGCAUUGAUUGACUCAAGACCUUACCUAUUGUACAUAAUAGUUUUGCUAUACUUUCAAUUAAUAUUACAUAAAAAAGAAAUCAUGGUGCUAUCAUUGUGUUUUGGGUUUUUGUUUCGUUUUUCCUUAAUUUUCUAGUUAAUCCUCCUAAUUUUAGUAUGAUUUCAUGUUGUCACACAUUCCAACUGCUGAUACACUUUUGGUUGAACAAAAAUGUUUCUGUAUGUAGCUAACAAAACUGACAAAGAUACAACUUUAUAUAUGAUUUUUAAUUAAGGAUCAUGGGGCAGUUUUUUCCGUUCCCUUUGAGAAUGAUUUAGUAGCCACCCACCGAUAAACACUUAUAGCUUUUAGCCACAUAAAAACUAAGAAAAAAAACCCUAAAGAGAUGUCACUGCUGCUACUCUUGUAUAUAGGAAAUUGAGAAGAAAGGCUGUUAAAAAGGAAAAAAAAAGUCUCUAAUGCUAGCUUUUCUAUGCACCCUGUGCAUAACGCUUGCCUUCGUUCAUUUUAGAUGCUCUGUAAUUCUGUUUAUGUGACAAGCUGUAAUCUUGAAAACAACUCACCCGACACGUUCCCCUGUUUUUGCAAUUUCUGUCUUAAUGAAAUUCCUUAAGUUUGCAGUGGACCAAAAACUAACGCAAGGAAACUGAAGAGUGAGCCAACUGGGGCCGCACAGAAGUUGUUUCCUGUCCAACAGUGCCAUGUUGCAGAGCAGAAGGAAUGUCAGGGAUUUAAUGUACCUCGGCUUUAUCAUAGUGCCUUAUCUUUAAAUGCAGCUGCCCGUGUAGUCCUGACUGUGUGCUGUAGAGAGCCUACAGCCCUUCUGCAUUGUCCAAGCCACAGAUUUGGCUUUUCUGGUGACUCGUGGCUGGAUUUGGGCUGGCUCAUCAGUGUUGAGACCAAGGGAUGCAGGCGCAGACACGCCCGUUGUUUCCUCCAGCUCAGCUCUACUUAGCCCACUACUUAUCUGAAUCGUGGUCUGUAGCCUCUCCCCUGCCCUCACUCUGCCCUCUCAAGGCCUAUUCUUGCAUUAUUAGCCUUCGUUUUUGUGUGAAGUGUGUGAACGUGCGUGUUUGUGAACAUGGAUGCUUAUGUGUGCGCUGCGUUUUUAUGUACGCAUGUGUGUGUUUAUGCCUGUGCGUCUGUGUGCUUGUGUGUAUUUGUUGGAACACAUCCAUCAGUCACCCUACCUCAAACCAGUGGUGCCAGCCCUUUGACGCGUGCAGCACAGUCACCUAACCUUAUUGCACACACACCACUGUACUGCACAAAUCUCAACGCGAUAGAGAAAAUCUGCAUUGCUUUUCUCUCACCUCUGACACACGUUCCUUUCAAUUUUUAGCCCGUGACAUGCUUCAUUCUUUGUUCCCUGUUUAAAGAUCAUCUUUGUACAGUGGACCAAAAGUAGAUAUUUUCUGAUAUUCAAAGAGAUAUAGAGAUAUAUAUAUGUAUAGUAUAUAUAAUGAUGAUACACUACAUAUAUUUGUUGUUGGGGUUUUUUUGUUUUGUUUUUUAACGUGGUUGAUCUGAUUGUUUCUAUGUGAAUGUUUCUUAUGGUAGCUCAUCUGUAAUUAGUUCAUAGACUGUGAAAUGGGAAAGGCAUGGUGACUAACUUCUGAUUCCUUAGACUACAUCUAUACUUGAACUGUUAUAGCCUUCUAUGUUGUGGAGAAUAUUGAGAUUAAUCCUCUAAAUAGGAACAUUUUGUUACUAAAAUAAAUCUGUUCUUAUUUUUUCAUGCUUGUUGAAAUGCUCUGUACAAUUUCUCUGCAAAAAUGUUUAUUUAUUGAUAUUUAUUGUGAUUUUUUUGUUUGUUUUUUGUUUUUGUUAAAUUGCUUAUGCAUAUGUUAUAAUGGGUACUAAUGAUAACUCUUGAUUAUUCCGCUGAAAAAAGAGCAGAUCUGUACAGAAAGGCUGGAUUUUCUUUUCUUUUCUAUUUUUUUUUGUCAUUUAUGUCGAUUUAAGGGUAAAAAAAAAUGCUGUUAUCACAGCCCUUCAGCGGCUAUCUUUAGAUGCUAGCAGUACACUGGUACUUUUUGUUUUUAGUCUUGCUUGUGUGCCUGUGUAGAAAACAUGCUUAACAUUAGGGAAGUGUGGGAAAGUGCAAAUGUCUUUUCAGCUAUUGGGUCAGUGGACUCUACUUGAUGUUCAGCCUUUUGGGGAUAAGGGCAUCUGAAAAGUAAAUUCUGACAUUUCCAAACCCAGCUUCCUCACCAAUUAAACCUAUGCUACAUCUGUAAUACUAGCCCUGCUUGCCCUGCCAACGUGUAACACUAGCCGCACUUGUCCUGCUGGCUUAAAAAAAAAAGUCACUGAUCGUAUUGUAGAACUAGGCUCACAUAAAUCUAAGAUUUUAACUGUAUUGAAUAGGAACAGCUUGAAAAGUCUCCAAAAAGAGCCAAGCAAACAGAGCGUCGGACGAGACACUGCCGCCCUGACUCUCAAUAUUAAACUGAGUGCAACUUAAGAGAACAGAGAAAGUAAUGAAAAAUGUCCAAUAAAUGGAGAAUUUAUUAAUCUCUUUUAUAUUGUGGAAAUCCUUAUAUUAAUAUGUGUUCACGUAAUUGAAAAAAUGAAAUGCACCAUUCCCACAGGCUCCUUUAAUGGGGUUGUGUCUAUAAAAUGUUCAAAUUUGUUGUAAAUCUGGGUGUACUGUUAGGAAUAAAGGUUUUGCAGAAUACUUUUCUUCUUUGCUUGGCAAUGGCAUUUUUACCUUUCUCCAGCUGGAUUAUGUUAUCAUCACUCAGAGAUGAAAAGUUAUUUUGUGCAUUCGAAGUGAAAAUGGCUUAAAAUGGAUUUACUGGUUUUCCUUUAGGAUCAAAAGUGCUUUCUGGCCUUGCACACCCUGCCAUGUGCUGCUAGAAGCUUCUUAUUUUUCUAUCUCUCUCACUAAGUCUGGCUCUUUACCCAGUUUACUUUUACCAGAUUGAGAAAGCCAAAUCAGCAUCUGGCACCAUCUCAAAGCCUGCCUCUUUCCCAAAAGCUGGACCAAUGUUAAUGCAGCCAACACUAUUAUACUUUAUUUCUGAGUGUCUUUGAGAUUGAUGAAGAUUGUUUUUGUAACCACUGUUUGCAAAUUUCCAACUAAGACCCUAGUGAAAGCUGAGAAUUGCCUCUUCAGCUGAACAAUAUGGCAGCUUCACUGACCCAUAGCGGACUCCAGUGCCUUUAAUUUCACCCCGGCCAGAGCAGUGGGCCUUGGUGACUAUUGGGUCUCUGGUGGGCUACAGAUAGAGGCUACAGAGCAGACAUUUCCUUGCACAGGUGCUGCCUAUAAGAAUGCUGAGGAAGCAUAAAGACGUCCUCAGACUGGACUCCUGAUUAUUUACUGGAUUUGAGACACACACACACACACACACACACACAGACAGACGCUCAUGUUGCUCAUGGUAGAUUGCCUGCAUUUUAUUGUACAGAACUGGUUAAUGAACCAUGAUAAAAACUGUAAGUAAAAUGCUCUCUCAUUAAUUUUUUUUUUCUCAUGAUCGUGAUUUGUUUUGAAUAUUUUCUGAAUGCUGUGACCCGUUUUGAGAUUUGUAAUUUUCCUUUUUUUUUUUUCUUUUUUUUUUUUUUCUAAGUGCCAUUUGACAGUCUAGUGAGUCGUGGCCAUCUGUAGCACCCUCUAAUGCAAGCACAAGCAUUUGGGAGUGGCGUUUAGGGAAGGUUUCUAUUUGGCUUCACCCUAGACAAGUGUGUGUAUAUAUAUCAAAAACAGAAAAGGUAUAUUUAUUUGUGUCUUAACUAUUUCAUUUGUUCUUUUGGUGAACAUUUUAUCUGAUAUGUUGGCUCAAAGUGCUUUUGUGAUUACUUUUUCCCCCUUUUUUUGGAUAAUGUAUAGUAUCUGAUAUAAUAUAUACACACAAACUUCAUGUGACUUUCCUUUUGUGUGCUGUUAAGUUUUCUUCAUAUAAUGUAUAUUUUUCAAAAUUGGCAAAGCAAACCAACGUGUGUAGGAUGAUUUGUAUCGUGUAUUUUGCAUAAAAAAAGCAAAAAAAAAAACAAGGAUGAUUCGGGGGCUUUUAUAUUUACGACAUUAUCAUUUAGUGUGUCGUAUUGAUGAUCAUAGAAACUAUUAAAGACACAUGUAGUUUGUUUUUCUGAAUAUUUCAGAUCUCAGCU